GCGAUCCAUUCAGUAUACCGUCGACCGUAGUGCUGGCAGGAAGGCAUCGCUCCUCAAGUGCGUCUUUCUCCCUCUCUCUCUCUCUCUAUCAUUCUCUCUCUCCCAUCACACGUGAAACACUCGCGCGUAUUUCAACCGCCGCGGCGAUCAGAAUUUCCCCAUUUCUCCUCGACAUCGCGUGUUAGCGUUUGAUGCGACAGCGAACGUUCGUUCGGACGGGUGGAUCAACAGGCGAACGCGUAGAGUGCAAUCGGAUCACCGGUUUGUCGGCUAGAGCUCUGUUCGUACAUACCAGCCUCAUCACCAGCCAACAUGAAGUAUUUGUACUCCAUCGGGGAAGUGAUCGUCUUCCUGGCGCUGUCACUCAUCGCGAUAUUAAAGGGCAUUAUCAAGUUUCUCAUACCGAAAAAAUACAAGAUGAAGACCAUUAACGGUGAGAUUGCCCUCGUGACAGGGGGUGGUGGCGGGUUAGGCAGACUGCUGUCCCUCAGACUGGCUAACCUGGGCGCCAUCGUCGUCGUCUGGGACAUUAACGAGAGCGGCAUUCAGGAGACCAUUAAGUUGGUACGGGCAGCCGGCGGCACAUGUUAUGGUUACGUUUGCGACUUGUGCGAUCGGGAGGACAUAUAUAAAAAAGCCAACAUCAUCAAGGAAGAGAUCGGCAAGGUGACGAUUCUCAUCAACAACGCGGGCAUCGCUUCCAUAACGAAGUUCUUGGACACCCCGGACAAGCUCAUCAUAAGGACGAUGGAUGUCAAUAUCAUGAGCCAUUUCUGGACCGCGAAGGCGUUCCUCCCGACGAUGAUGGAGAGCAACAAAGGACAUAUCGUGAGCAUAGCGAGCUUGGCCGGUCACUGCGGCGUCCCGAAAUUAGUGGACUAUUGCGCGUCUAAGUUCGCGGCGGUCGGCUUCGACGAGGCUCUUCGCAUAGAACUUGAGGACGAGGGCUACGACAUCAACACCACGGUUGUGUGCCCUUACUUCAUUCGCAGCACCGGCCUGUUCGACGACGUCCAAUCCAGUUAUGUCCCGAUUCUGAGCUCAAACGACGUGGCCGAUCAGAUCAUAACGGCGAUGAGGUGCAACUACAAGUUCCUCAUAAUACCGGGAUACCUGCAGCUCCUGUUGAUCUUCAAGUGGUUGGUCCCAUGGAUGUGCUGCGCGAUGUUCCUCCGUGGGGUGAUCAAAGGCAUCUCGCCGACUUCCCACGGCCAGCCGUGCGCGGCCACGACCGCGAACGACUGCAACAUGCCGUCCAAGGAUCAGAACGACGCGGCUAUUCACCAACAGCUGACCAGACGUAUCUCCAGCUCCGAGAGAAAGCCCUGAGAGAGCGACGUUCGAUCCUGGAGCGACCUUUACGAUUCCUUCUCCCCUCUCUCCCCGAGUCUUCUCUCGGCAGAACGAACGGUAAAGGUCCUCCCAUAUCCUACGGAGGAGAAGAAAAAGCGCAAUCGCCGCCUUGGAAGCGUGGUCUUAAUGACACGACGACCGCUCCUUCUUCUUCGUGCG